CCUGUCACUGCUGUAGCUCUGGGCCGUGGUGGACUAAAGACUUGGCCAUAAACUCAACUAACGGACGAAGGACUAGUUAGUAAGUCAGGUGCUAAGUUAAAGGGCAGCAGUGCUGUACCACCUCGUCCAAGUGGUGCAACGUAAUAAUGUUCGUAACGCAAACGUUAGUCCACGGUUAAACGAAGCAGCAGCAGUUUUUUUUUUAAAUUUGCUAACUUAGGUGUUGCUAAUGCGGAAGGCACCCGCACAGAAUAAUCAAUGAUUAGCUUAACGCCCAGCAGCCCACUCUGCUCAUAUUGAGGGCAUAUUCUGCUCAAUAAGGAUGUCAAAACGGCUGCGAAACACCGAGGUCUGCGCCGAUUGUAGUGUCCCAGAACCUCGCUGGGCCUCUGUGAACAGGGGCGUGUUGAUUUGUGACGAAUGCUGCAGCGUGCAUCGAAGUCUGGGAAGGCAUAGCUCUCAAGUCCGCCACCUGACACACACACCAUGGCCUCAUACACAGCUGCAGAUGGUUCAGACAUUAUACAGCAAUGGUGCAAAUUCAAUAUGGGAGCACUCCCUUCUGGACCCUGCGUCUGUGAUGAGCGGAAAACGCAAGGCCAACCCUCAGGACAAAGUGCACCCAAACAAAUCCGAGUUUAUAAGAGCCAAAUAUCAAAUGUUGGCAUUCGUCCACCGUAUGCCUUGUCGAGAGGAUGACAGCUUGACAGCUAAAGAUUUAAGUAAGCAACUUCACUCGAGUGUACGCACUGGGAAUCUGGAGACAUGUUUAAGGUUGUUAUCCCUGGGAGCACAAGCUAAUUUUUUUCACCCAGAAAAAGGUAACACACCCUUGCAUGUAGCUGCAAAGGCAGGGCAAGUAUCUCAGGCUGAACUAUUAACUGUUUAUGGGGCAGAUCCUGGAGCCCCUGACAGCAGUGGCAAAACACCUAUCGACUUAGCAAGGGAUGCCAACCACCACGACCUGGCUGAAAGACUGGUGGAGAUUCAGUAUGAGUUGACUGAUCGCCUGGCUUUCUACUUGUGUGGGAGGAAACCAGAUCAUAAAAAUGGCCAGCACUUUAUUGUUCCACAAAUGGCCGACAGCAGUUUAGAUAUAUCAGAACUGGCCAAAGCUGCAAGGAAGAAACUGCAGUCUCUCAGUAAUCAUUUAUUCGAGGAGCUAGCCAUGGACGUGUAUGAUGAGGUGGACCGACGAGAGACCGAUGCAGUGUGGUUGGCCACACAGAAUCACAGCACCCUGGUGACGGAGACAACGGUGGUGCCUUUCCUCCCGGUGAAUCCGGAGUAUUCAUCCACACGGAACCAGGGAAGACAGAAGCUUGCAAGAUUUAACGCACAUGAAUUUGCAACGCUCGUGAUCGACAUACUAAGUGAUGCGAAGCGCAGACAACAAGGCAACUCCAUAUCUAGUCCCAAAGACAAUGUUGAACUGAUCCUGAAGAGUGCAGCUGUCAGGCAUUGUAGUGAUAGCCAGGAUAAUGACCAGCCCGACUAUGAUAGUGUGGCAUCCGAUGAGGAUACAGAUCAGGAGCUCCCAUCGAGCAAAGGCGAUAGAACCAAGAGCCUGGACUCUGACCUCUCAGACGGCCCUAUUACUAUGCAAGAAUACAUGGAGGUGAAAAAUGCGUUGUCUGCUUCCGAAAGCAAGAUCCAGCAGCUCAUGAAAGCCAACAACAACCUGAGUGAUGAGCUGAGACUGAUGCAGAAAAAGCUGCAAACUCUGCAAAGCGAGAACACCUCUCUCAAGCGGCAGGUCACAACCACUAUCUAUCAGACCCCCAGCGGUUCAGACUACCCUGACCCCUCCAGCCCCUCUGCCCUGAAACGCCGGCAGUCUGCGCAGGCCAGUCGGCCCAUGUCUAUGUAUGAGACCGGCUCAGGCCUGAAGCCCUAUCUCCCUAAAGGGGAAACUUCUUACCCUGAGGAGAAAAUCAUCCCCACCCUGCAACCCUUCCCAACUCAUAGCGAAAGAGGCACUUUUGUGACCACCUCUUCAUCCCUCCCCUCAUUUCCAUCAACCCUGUCUUGGUCGAAGGACGAAAGUGCUCACAAGGCCUCAAAGUUAGAGAAGCAAAGCAGCAUGCCAGAAAGUGACUAUGACAACACUUUCUAUGACUCUGAGAUAGAUGAUUCGAGCAGUUUGUGCAGGAGAGGGAGGCUGAGGAGCAGUGGCUGGCUGGGGGAGGGCAGUUCUAUCCCGGAGCUGGACAAUCUGGAGACGGAGUCGGACCCCACACUUCCCAGCACUGAAGACGUCAUCCGCAAAACUGAGCAGAUCACCAAGAAUAUCCAGGAGCUGCUUCGAGCAGCUCAGGAGAACAAACACGACAGACCAUGUGAACGUGAAGGUGUGCGUCGGCUCAGGCACAGUCUGGGAUGUUUCAGCACUCUGGUUCCCUGGGCUGAGAAAGCUUCUCCUCCCCUUCAGCCACUCAGCCUCCGGUCCCCUGACCCCUCCUCCUGCUUCAUACCCUGCUCGGAAAGAAUACAUGUGGCUGUGACGGAAAUGGCUGCCCUCUUUCCCAAGAAGCCACGCUCGGAGACUGUGAGAGGCUCUCUGCGUCUGUUGACCUCCAGUGCGUACCGACUUCAGAGCGAGUGUAGGAAGGCAGCGCCCUCAGAGGGCUGCCCGGGACCGGACAUGCAGCUGGUCACUCAGCAGGUCAUCCAAUGUGCUUAUGACAUUGCCAAGGCUGCCAAGCAGCUUGUCACCAUCACCACAAAGGAGAAUACCAACUAGUAGCACUUACAGGACUGCAAAGCCCUGAGCAUCUCAACGUCGUUCUUAUAUUUUUUUAAUGUUUUUUUUUGUUGUUGUUGUUUUUUGUAUUUGUGGUAUAUGCAUGCAUUUGGGUUUUUUUUAAAUUUAUGACAAAGUAUUGACAAAAUUUAAAGUCGGCAGCUUUACUUGAAGAUGCCCAGCUGUCGCAGUAGCACAAUUUCUCUUCAGGCAAAGACGACAUGCAGAAGGCCAGAGAAAUACGAUUCUCUCUCCUUUAAUCUGCACAAAUUGGAGUAAUAAUGUACUCCAACUUAAGUAAGUUACUCAAACUUAGGAUUUAAGCACAGUACAGUCAACCAUUUGAAUGAAACGGCUGUUUUUCUGUCCAAAGUCAAGAUAUAAACAAAAGAAGCCAUGAAUGAAAUCUGUCAUUGAACGCUUUAGUUGACACUAAUUUAGCAAAUGGAGCUUCCUCUCAUUACUAACACUAUAUAACCAUAAUACUGCAUUUAAAAACAAACAAACUGACCAGUUAGGUAACUACCAUUACAUGUUGGGAAACUUCAUUUGUGCACACGUUGAAGCUCUGCUCAUUGCUAAUGUUUGUUGCAUCAAAAAAAAAAAAGAAUAAGCUAUUGAUAUGGUUUGUCUCCUUUUCCCCGGUGGGAUCCAAUCUGCAGUGCACCUAUUACAGCCGUUUAUGUCCCGUGUCCAUUUGCAAUGUCAAUGAAUGAGGGGGAGAAAAAAAAACAAACACUAGUUUGGGUGUCGAGUUCUAUUCAUCACCAGCACUAAGAUGUCGUAAUGAUUUGUUUCAAACGGGCUCAAAUUGUAUUCUGGAGUCGUGUGUCGUUGCAGUGUUGGUGAUAUUUAUUGAAGAGCCAGACUGUGCAUCCAUUCAUGUGUUGAGUGCUCGGUUCCAUUGCUGCUGGUUUUGUAUUUAAAUUGCAACGUGUGGGACAAACCUGUGGACCGCUCCUGUUGUUAUUGUGCUUCCCAAUGUUCGUCCUCACCAAACGGAGCACAAACCUUUUCGAAAUCUGAUCGAGGUGCUGUAAUUGAGUGCGACUCCUAAGUUGUUUUUUGGGGGGGGGGAAAAAUUAUUUUCUAAAUAAACUUAAUUUAUAACUACAA